CAGCGCUGCGAGGAGGCGAGAGAGAGACCGGAGAAGUCUCGGGACUCUCGCGAAGCAAACAAGAAAGGGCCAUUCACGCGUCGCGGGACGCGCGGCUAACAUCUUCGGCGCAGCGGUUCGCGUGCGUGUGCGUGCGCAUGUGUGUGUGCCAUGAUUUCCUAUCUCGAGGUCGCACCGGGCAGGAAAGGUUCGAACUCGGCGCGGAACUCGUGAAGAAAGAGAGACGGAGAGUCGAUCGGCUAACAACUGUGAAAUCGCGGCGGAGCGAACGAACGGAGUACCGCUACAACCGCGCGUAAAAAAAAAAGAACUCGGGGACGAGACGACGAGGGCCCGCCUUCGGCCACGACGACGUUCGCAUGCCGGCCGCCAAUGGAGACGGCGACAGCGGUGUUAACGGAUUGCCGACCCUGUGCGGAGGAAGUUCUGUGCGAUGACGCUGUCUUCGAGGAGGACCAGAUUGUGCCCGACUGCAGCUCGCCCGUCAAGACCGUCUGUAUGUUCAACCAAGACCUAGUGCCUACUCCGCCUGCAGCGGAGAAUCGCUGGAAAGUUCAGGAAAACCUUCGGCCUGGACCGAACAACAUCGGCUGGCAAGUUACCAGGCACCGGGACCCUGCGUGGCAGAGCAGAUAUCGGGGUUCCGUCAAGCCAGACCUGGACCCGUACCUGGAGCGCGACUGGGCGCCGGUGCGGCUCUCCGACGCGGCAAGCGCCCAGCAAAAGGCUCGCCGCGAGAGCGCCUCGCAAGUGGACGAGUUCUUCGAGGUCCACCAGGUCGAGCCCGCGGAAGACGGCGGCAUGACGGCGUCGUUCGCCACCAUGUGCACUUCCCCGUACCCGCCCUACAUGGGCCGGUACACUCACGCGCCGCCUCACAUGCGGGCCGAGUACCGGCUCUACCAUAUGGCUGUGUCCAAGUCCGAGGACAACGUUUUCGCUAAACCCAACCCUCCCCAGCCGCAGCAGCCGCAGCAGCAGCAACCGCUGAGGCAGCAGCAGCAGCAACAACAACAACAACAGCAACAACAGCAACAACAUCUUCACCACCAGCCGCCUUCCGCGCCGCCGAUGGCCGACUCCUUUAACAUAAUCUGGGAAGACAUCACGGCGAGCAUGAACGCCCGCGAGCCGGACACCUCGGCAACGGCUCCGCCGCCUCAGUCGAGCUCGGUGGACAUGGUGCCCGUCGUGAAGAGCGAGGGACCCGUGCUCGCGCCCUGCCAGUACGGACCCGUCAUCAAGCAAGAGCUCGAGGCGUCGUGCUACCCUGGCGGUGGCUACUCGCCGCAGGCCGGUGCCGCGGCACCCCCGACCAACUUCAAGUUCAUGGUCGGGGGACCGCACUUCUCGAUGGCGCGAGUGUCGUACAUGCCUCCGACGCCUCCGAACUCUGAGCCCGGAAGCCCGGCCACCGACGGGGGUCCGUUGAACGGGUCGGCGUCGACGCGGAGGACGCCGCCGCCGCCGUACCCGGCCGAGAGCCAACCGUCGAUGCCCUCCGGACAGAGACCCACGCCCUCCGGCACCAGGUACAACAAGCGAAACAACCCCGAGCUGGAGAAGCGACGGAUCCACCACUGCGAGUACGAAGGUUGCUCCAAGGUGUACACCAAAAGCUCCCACCUAAAGGCCCAUCAAAGGAUACACACUGGAGAGAAGCCCUACCACUGCCACUGGCACGGCUGCGACUGGCGCUUCGCGCGCUCCGACGAGCUGACUCGCCAUUACCGGAAGCACACGGGCUGCAAGCCGUUCAAGUGCCGCAUCUGCGAGCGCACUUUCGCCCGAUCUGACCACUUGGCGCUGCACAUGAAGAGGCACCAGCCCAAGGUCAAGUGACCUUGAACUAGGUCAAAUGACCUCGGUGCGCGCGCGCACCCCCAAGAACUUGGUGUCGACUGCAUAGCCGGCAGAAAAAACAAGUGAAACUGUGCUACGCCGCCCGGACGCGCGGUUUGGUCCGGGCGUGCCCGGCGCCUGCUUGCGGAGCCUCACGUUCAGCGUCGCGUGCCAAAGCCGCCACGAGCACUUUUGUGAACUCUUGACACGUGCCUUUCCUGAUGGACCUGUUGACAAUCAGUGCUGCGUUCGAUACACCAGAACACUUUGCGUUUGCUCGGAUGUGGUCGCGCGUAUGCCUCUCGGACGACACUGGUGGUCGUGGUGAUUGUGCCGCCUCGCGGAACGGACAAAGAGGAACUGUACUCCAUUAUGUACAUAGCAAGCAACGCUGUGCAACCUACGCAACUACGCGCGGUUAUCGAACUCUUACUCCGCGCGUUUCGCAGUGAAGUUGUCUUUGAUGUGCUUCCUUCUUACGGGGGCGUAAAAAAGAAAAAGAAAGAAAAAAAAAAAGAACACCUCGCACAGUAUUACGACCACAACUUGCAGAGGAGAGUUUAAGCCAAAGUGCGUAUUAUUCGUGCGCUUUCGCGCUUCCAGUACAUGCCACCCAGAGGCUAUGGCGUUGCGCUGUUGAGAUUUCCAGUUCGCGGGUUCAAUCCCGGCAUUGAUUGACGGCCGCAUUUCCCUGCCGGCGGAAUGGCUGAACGCUCAUGCACCGUGUAUCGAGCGCGCGUUAAAAAAGCCCGAGGUGAUCAAAAUCAAUCCGCAGUCUUCCACCCCCUACGCCGUGCCUCAAUUACCCGAUUCGUGGUUUUGACUCCUAGAACCCCGGAAUUCUCCCCCCCCCCCCCCAAAAAAAAAAAAAAUAUGUGGCGUACUGUGUUGUGGUCGCGAGCUCGAAAGAUUGGCUGCUGGUUGCACAAGCCUGUCGCUCCGCUCAUUUUGCUCUAAAUCAGUUCGGAUCUCCGAGGCAUACUAUGUAUUAAAUACGUCAUAUUUUUAUCCGCAAAAGUAUGACCUAGCUUUUAACUCUUUUUAUCUCUAUUUCUUACUCAACGCACAAUUUUUUUUUUUUUUGGUCGCAGAUGGAAAGAGGGAAGUCUAUCUCUAGGCGCCGUAGCGUUGCUUGCUAUGUACGAAACGCAGUAUGAAGCUCGUCAGUUGGAGAAAAGUUGUUCCUGCCGUGGUUGCCCCCCCCCCCACCGCGCCCUGGGCGUCAGCCUUUCCUGAGAAUUCAUCAAGUGCCAUUACGUCGGUUGUUUCGUCGCACCGCGCGAGUUGCGUUUCGAGAAGAGCGCAGCGCUGCGGUUGUACCACGCGAGAUGACGGACGUGCGUUAAACCUACCCCCCCCCCCCCAAACCCCCUUCGUGGUUGUAAUCAGUGUUUCGCGUCCUUUUAAUCUAUGUUGCUCUUUAUUGUUGGUUUUUUGUUGUUGAAAUAAGUCGCUUAAUGCGUUCGAUGCGAAUCACCCCCCUCCCUCCUUUUUUUUUCUUCUCAUUCGCGUGCGAAUGGUCGUUCGAGGCUAAUCACACGUUCAAGGAAGAAGAUGAAGAAGCACGCUUCAGACACUGCUUGUGAGAAUCUGUAAUAUUUUUAGGCGUGCAGAAUCCUUGCAGCUUCGGUGAUGAGCCUCCACUAAAGUUUUCGAAGAAAGUGGACCAAGAUCUGAGGAGUUCAUUAACGAUGGCGAAUUUCUAGUUCGCCUGAGGGAAAUACAGUGGAAUAAAGUAAACAAAAAAGCGGCCCAAAAUGUUCCGAGCGCGCCUGAUAGCGUGUUUUUCUAUAAUUCUAUAGAUGGUGAUGUUGAGCAAGUGUCCGUAAAUGUUGCAUGUUUUGACUCCUAUGAAUUUACAGCCGCGGCUCUCUUACCCGCUUUUACAAACAAGUGAUCUAUUUAUGAAUUUUUUUAUUCGUGCCAUACAGGGCAAAGUUGUUUGCCAGCCUGAUAUUAAUUUAUUCCUUGCUUGACAUUGCAAUGUGCGAAAAAAAAAGUUUUUUUUUGUCUGCAUCUGUCACCGAAUAUAAUCGAAAGUCAUCGAGAGAAGAGUCAUGUUUUUACCUGUGACGUACGUCUCCAUAGCAUGGUAACAGUCGUCCUGCCUUUCCACCAAUCGAGAUCGAUUUAUCUGCCGGUAUUGGAAGCGUUAGCGACUUUCGUAGCCGACUUUUCGACAGCAUUCAGUCGCCUAAAGAAUAGACAGAAUCAACAUGAGUAAUUGAACAAAUAAAGGCACACACGUACAUGCAUGCAAGGUAGACCACUUAGCGUCGACAGCUUCGAAUUCGAUUAACAAUGUAGCAGGUCCGAUGGGAAACUAAGUACAAUGUGCACCUGAGUUUUCUGGCAAUGAAACCAAGCUAUCGAAGGAAAAAAUGAAAUACCAACCCUUAAUUUGGCUGUAUAAUGCUAUGGAGAAGUCAAAAUCUACCCUGUAUCCUUUCUAUAUUGUAUUCGUCGACAAGUGGGAAAUCUUCAUUUUAUUUGGCGUGGUCUUUACGGCUGUCAAAAAAAAAAAAAGACAUAGAGCCAGAGAAUACAUUUUCAACCUUUAUCGAAACUGGUGCCUUUUUUAAACGUGGCACAAGCUGCCUUACAAAAAGACAAAAAAAAAAAAAAACGUACCCGUUUAGCCGUGGCCUUUCUUACCCCGCGCACGGCAAGUAAGGAGCACGCAGUAGAUCUAUGAAGUGACCUGCGAAACUUGUCAUGCGGUGACGCAAAUUACUAACGCUGUACUUUCCUGUUAUCCACCAUCGUGCCUGAAUGUUCUUUUAUCAUUGUAAUUUAAUUCUCAUCUCUCGUUAAACGCGCUUAAAAGAGGAGGAAACGACGAGAACACCACAACUGGUCUGUUCCGCUGAGCACGUCAUUCCUGGACACGCCGUACACACCCGUGGCAUGCUGGGAAGCGGCGCGGACCGUUUCCUCGAAAGUGCUCAAAGCGACCGGUGGUCGGAAGGUCUCCCCAUUUGUUCCUGAUGCUCAAUUUGUUCUUUUGUGCCAUACGUCUUAUACUGUACAUAGGUUCGCAGAUUAGAGCAGAGACCAUUGCGCACAAGGCUGGGACGGUCAGCGAAGGCAGUGAUGCGCGACCACGAAGAAAAAUGUGGGCACCACUGCGUUGGCCACACUAACUCCGCUCUUGGCGACAAGUGUCAUGUUCGAAUAUUUGUUCGCCUCUCGAGGCGCAUAUUGUCGCGAGUGCUGUAAAAUAUGGCUUUACCCUGCGAGUGAAAUAAACCAAAAGUGCCAUUUUUUUUU